AUGGGUCGUUCUACAUCUCAAGACGACAUCAACCAUUUCUUAUUCUUAAUACCCCAGCGCUAUGUGUUCGCGAUUAUGGCGUUAUUUGCCGUGGCGAACGCCUAUACCAUGAGGGUCUGCCUUAAUCUGGCCAUCACGCAAAUGGUACGGAAGUCCGGUUCACACGGAAACGAAUAUUUUGAUCCCGAUGCCUGUCCUGAUAUAUCUGGGAACAACAUCAGUACUAGUCCCAACAGCUCAGUUCCGGAUAUUGGUGAUGAAAAGACCGUCUAUUUCGACUGGGAUGAAGCCACUCAAGGUAUUAUUCUGGGUUCAUUCUACUAUGGCUACGUGCUCACUCAUGUUCCUGGUGGAAUGUUGGCUGAACGUUACGGUGGCAAAUGGUUAUUGGGGUUAGGUCUCUUGUCAACUGCCCUGUGUACCUUGCUCACUCCGGUAGUGGUGAAGGCUGGUGGCUCUCCGGCUCUUAUCGUUCUGCGUAUUGUGGAAGGCUUAGGCGAGGGACCAACAAUGCCGGGCCUAAUGGCUAUGGCAUCAAAAUGGACACCAAUAAAUGAACGAGCACGGUUUGGAGCAAUCAUAUUUGGGGGCGCGCAGAUAGGCAAUAUAGCUGGUUCAUACUUGUCAGGCCUAGUCAUGUACAAUGGUAUUUGGGAUGACGUUUUCUACUUGUUCGGUGGACUGGGCCUCGUGUGGUUUGUAUUCUGGACAUUGCUCUGCUUUAGCACACCGAAUACACAUCCGUAUAUAUCGGAUGCUGAAAAGAAGUUCCUUAACCAAAACGUGGAAUCUCUAAAUAAUGCGAACAAGCGACGACUAGAUCCUGUACCUUGGAAGGCUUUGUUACGGUCCGUUCCACUUUGGGCCCUCAUUAUUGCUGGUAUUGGCCAUGACUGGGGCUACUUCACAAUGGUCACGGAUUUACCCAAAUAUAUGACUGACGUUCUCAAGUUCAACAUCAAGUCUACCGGACUGCUAUCAGCUGCCCCUUACAUUGCUAUGUGGUUUUCAUCAUUCAUCUUUGGUAUGAUAUGCGACUUCUGCGUAAAGAGGGGAUACCACAAUAUCAAAAAUGCUAGGAAAAUUUAUACGACUAUAGCCGCAACUGGUCCGGGUAUUUGCAUCAUCCUAGCUUCCUAUUCUGGUUGUGACACCACACUCGCCGUUUUUUGGUUUAUCGCCGCCAUGACUCUCAUGGGUUCUUACUACAGCGGCAUGAAGAUCAAUGCUUUGGACAUAACUCCUAAUUACGCUGGUACAACCACAUCGCUGGUUAACGGCAUUGCGGCUAUAGCAGCUAUCAUCACGCCUUACCUCAUUGGGCUGUUGACUCCUGAUUCGACUCUCAAACAAUGGCGAAUAGCGUUCUGGGUGUGCCUGGGAGUGUUGGUCGUUACCAAUAUUAUAUACAUUUUACUAGCGCAAGGUCAGCAACAAUGGUGGGAUGACGUGAAAAAGUACGGAUAUCCGAAAAAUUGGAAACACGGACCCUUGCCAACUAGAACUAUAGACAGUGAAACAUCAGAAGAUACAAUAGAAACAAAGAAAAAAGACGAA